AGAUACGCGGCUGCCAUAUAAUAUCGAACAAGCAACAUCCCAAUGCCAGAAACAGUCGAAUACAGCAUAUUCCGCGGCUCUGAAAGCGGCGCCAUCAUCACCGAAACAGUCAAACACACGAUCCAGCCCAACGAAGCCCUCGUCGAAAUCUCUCACGCCGGACUCUGCGGAGCGGACAAACUGUCAAAGACAAAGAAUAUCCCACUGGGUCACCACGGAGCUGGGAUAGUGCGAGAAAUCGGAUGCGCAGUGCAGCAUGUCAAUAUAGGCGAUAGGGUCGGGUUCAACGGAUUGCAGAAUCCGUGCGGGGAUUGUGAUUAUUGCAUUGGGGGCAAGGAGCAGUACUGUACGCAGCGCGAUCAUUUCGAAAAAGUCGGAUCCUUUGCGACGCACGCCGUAUGGCAAGCGAGCAUGCUCAUUAAGCUUCCAGAGGGCCUCGAAUCGAAAUAUGCUGCUCCCCUUAUGUGCGGUGGUGCGAUUAUGUGGGAGGUCUUGACAACGAAUGACGUGAGACCGGGAGAUCGAAUUGGCAUCCACGGCAUCGGAGGAUUGGGACACGUUGCUAUUCUCAUGUCGAGUGCAUUGGGCUGUGAUGUGGUGGUCUUCUCGAAUAGCCAGUCAAAGAGACACGAUGCAAUGGCAAUUGGCGCGAAAGAGUUCCACGUCACCAAUGAUAAUGUCCCAGAGACUCCUGUAGCGCCAGUCCAACAUCUUUUUUGGUGUCGAGAUGGACCGCCUGAUAUCUCCAACGGCACCAUAUACGUCCUCGCCGUAGGUCUCGAGACAGUAUCCGUGCCCAUGCACUUUGUGGUCAAAAACGGCAUCCGGAUCCAAGGGUGCUCGAGCGCCUCCCGGAAAACCAUUCGCAAGAUGCUGCGAUUCGUACGACUUCAUGAGAUCAAACCGUGGAUCAUGACUUGGCCUAUGACAGCGGAUGGUAUUCAGGAUGCCUUCAAGGCGCUAAGCGAGAGUAAAAUGCGAUAUCGGGGAGUCCUAGUAGGAGAGUGUGGAUUAGCAUAA